CCAAUAUCAACCGUCGAUUCAAAAACAUCCAACGGAUGAAAGAAAAACCCUAACUACAUCAAAACUAUUAACACUUGCCACCUUUUCUCCUUCACGUUCUUUCUCAUUUCAAUCCCUCGUCCGCGAACCCUGAAAUCGCCUCCAUUUUCCAGGUAAUGGCUCCGAAACAGCCAAACACGGGCAUUUUUGUUGGCCUGAAUAAGGGUCACAUUGUCACCAAAAAGGAGUUGGCUCCCAGGCCAUCUGACAGAAAAGGGAAAACCAGUAAGAGAGUUCAUUUUGUUAGGAGUCUGAUCCGGGAGGUUGCUGGAUUUGCUCCUUACGAGAAGAGAAUCACUGAGCUGUUGAAGGUUGGCAAAGACAAGCGAGCUCUCAAGGUGGCGAAGAGAAAGCUUGGAACUCACAAGAGGGCAAAGAAGAAGAGAGAGGAGAUGUCGAACGUACUCAGGAAGAUGAGGUCAGCUGGAGGUGGAGAGAAAAAGAAGUGAUUUUCUGCAGAGUAAUUACUUUUACUUGAGAAAUUUUUAGUUUUGAACUUGUAGCUGUGUGACUCCUUUUGCUUUACUAGACAUUGGAAAAUUGAAUCAAAAUUUUUCUGUCUUCAUUAGAGUAUUUGAAUGCUUGCCAAGUUGAAUCAACAAUUUUGCAGCCUUUCCUAUUUGA